AGUGAUCUGAGGCGUGGAAUCCAGAUUUGAGCUUAGGUCUGAUCUGGGGCUUCUUCUGGUUAGUUUGGGAGUUCUUCUGGGAUGGAGGAUCAUCAUCAUUUUCAUCAAGAGUUGAAGUUUGUGUGCAAGCUGUGUAACAAGAGGUACCCUUGUGGGAAGUCACUGGGAGGGCACAUGAGGUCUCAUGUGGUUCCAAAUUCAGCUGAUUUUGUUGGGGAGGAGGAGAAGCUUCAUCAUCAGCCAUCAUCAAGAUUUGGGCUCAGAGAGAAUCCCAAGAAGACUUGGAGGGCUUCGGUGGGCUCCACUGCCCUUGUUCAAUCAGAAGAGAAGGCCUGCAAGCAAUGUGGCAAGGUCUUCCAAUCCCUUAAAGCCUUGUGUGGCCAUAUGGCUUGCCAUUCUGACAAAGACAAAGGUGGUGGUGGCGGUGUUAAUAAGGACAAUGACGAUGAUCAAUCUUGGUCCCAAAUUGAAAGCAAUUCGGAUUCCGAGGAUCAGACCGAGGAAAAACAGAUCCCACGGAGGGACAGAUCAGUAAAUCCCAAGAGGUACAAGAAAAUUGUCAUCAAAUACAAUGCCAAUAAUAACAAUAAUAAUAACAACAACAGUGUUGGUGGUUCAUCAUCAGUUUCUGAAAUUGAUUUUCAAGAACAGGAAGAAAUUGCAAAGUGUUUGGUGAUGUUGUCGAAAGAUUCUGGCCAGUGGAAUGGUUUUGUUGCUGUUAAUAAUAACACUAUUAAUAAUUCAUCAGUUGUAGAGUUCUCUGACAAUAAUUCUGUGGUCUUAGAGACUACUAAAUCAUCAUCCAUUGACAUGAAGAGGUCCAAGAAAGAUGGCAUUUUUCUUAAUACUCCCAAGAAAGUUGAAGGAGAUAAGAAGAAUCUGAAGUCCAGCAUUGAUAUGGUACAAGAAAAUUCCCAUAGUUCGGAUUCCGAGUACUUCUUAGGAGAAAACAAGGGCGAAUCGGAGAUUUCUGUCAACAGAAUAAGAGGCACUUAUUAUGAUUAUGGGUAUGAUGAUUCUGCAUUGGCAUCAAGAAAAUCUGGGAAGCAGAAGAGAACAUAUAAUAAUGACACUUCUUAUGAUCCUAAUAGAGACAGCAGGGAGUACAAGAAGGGUAAAAUCGUCUCGUCUUUGGGUGCUAACAAGAAGAAGUAUGAGUGCUUGAAUUGCAAGAAGUGUUUUACCUCUUAUCAGGCUUUAGGUGGUCAUAGGCCUUGCCACAAGAAGAUCAAUGCAGAUAGGGAAUCAGGUUAUGGGACGGGCGAAAACAGCUUAGAGGGCGAUGAUGCGAUAAGGGAGCGUUUGGUUGGCAAAAGAGGAAAUGCUGUUAAGGAUUCGUCACCGGAGAAGAGUGUUAAGUUCAAGAAAGUGAAAGGUCACGAAUGCCCUUUCUGCAAUAGGGUGUUCAAGUCCGGACAAGCUUUAGGUGGUCACAAAAGGUCGCAUUUCCUUGGUGGUUCUUCUCAGGUCAUCAAUGCUUCAAACCACGCUUCACCUUCUGCCAAAACAGAAGAAGAAGACGGGGAAGAAGAAGAAGAAGAAGCACCGGAUUUGCUUGAUCUUAAUCUCCCUGCCCCGGUUGAGGACAACGAAGAUGAGCCGUUGAUGUCUUGGUAGCCUCAUAAUAACAAUGGGGAAAAAAAGAAUGGUUUUUUUUAAAGUUUGUUUUGCAGAUUUUUCAUGCCCAAGAAUCCCUCUUUUUGUCAUUGUUUGAUGAUGAGUUCAUCCAUUUCCUUUUUGUUUUUAUUAUUUCUGCAGAUAAUAACAUUUUGUCAUAGUC